AGUUAAUGAGAUGGCUUGAAUCAGAGAAGAGACUCAAAUGGGUAAUCCCCUUCGUAACAGCAUCAAUUAAAGCUUCUCGGAUUGCCAGAGCUUCUACAACUAGGGCCGAGGUGACAAAGCGUUUAGAAGCUUGGUCUUUCUCGGAUCUGCCUCCCGGAAAUGGAAACGUCCAUCCUAACCCUGCAUCACGGGAGUUUCCCAUCACGCCGCAUCCGUAUAGCACUUCACCGCCCUAUCAUCCUCCAGUUGAGGCUGACGGUGGCAGAUAUUGUCCCAGAUUCCCCAGCAAAUGCAAGAGGAGAGGGAUCAAAUUUCAGUUCCUACUGGAGGUAACAGGACCAGGGAUUUAACAGUACCCAAGCCAGUGCGAUAAUCUGUCACCUGGCCUGCAUCAACGAUCGAAGCAAAAGGAGCUGCUGACCAGACCUCACACGCAUAUCGACAAUGGUAUAAUAAGUGGAUGAUCGUCUCGGGUUGAUCAAAUCUACAGCAUUUUAUGUCCACUUGAAUAUUCCUGGCUGCUAGGCGGUCCCCAACCAGAAUAGCCCCAUGUAAUGUUUUCCACAGAAACAUCUUAAUUUUUGGCAUCGUCUUUAGAUUCCACACUUGCUCAUAGCAAUUAGUUGCGGUCGGCUGCACCAGCAGAUUAUAUGUAAACCAUGAUGGCCAUGUUGCAAGCUAUGAAUUAAACCUUGAUUGAAAAUCUUAAUACCCUAAAAAUCACUGUUCCAGCCUAUACUAAGUUAAUGGACA